GCGGGAGAUGAAGGGCCAGGAAAAGAGAAGCACAGUUGAUGAACGAAUACACAGAAAAGGGCUUCCAAUUUAGGGAUCGAAGUCACGAAGAAAAGCAAUCUUAAAACCAGAGAGAAAUAAAGGCGAUGCUGCUCCAUCUCCCUCCUAUCCGUCACACGAUUCCAACCUCAUCACCACUGCCCCGAUUUUGUUUCUCCAUUGCCGCAACGGACCGCCGCAUCAACUUCCUGAACUCUGCUGGAAGCGGUAGCGGUGGCCGCAGAUGGAAGUUUGCUGACAUCGAUCCAGGUGCCGUUCAGCAGAGGGUGAGCUCAUGGCUGUUCAAGGCGCAGACGUUAUUUUCAGACGUGGCCGUGCCGCUUGUGAAGCCGGGGUUGAAGCUGAAAUUGGAUAUCGAUGGCGAGUCACAGGAAAUGGACCUGGAGAUGUUUUUGUCUAUGGAGAUAACCGUUGAUCGAAGGACGCCGAACGGGUACCUCUCCCUUGCCGCCGCAGUCUCGAUAGAGCAGUUCGGGAGGAUGGUACAGGAUGAGCGGCUUGACUGGUAGAAAGAUGCAGAGGAUUUUCAAAGCUCUUGCACCUGAGGGGAUUCAAGAUGAUGCACGAAGUUUGGUAGAGUAUUGUUGCUUUAGGUACUUGUCAAGGGAUAGCUCUGAUUUCCAUCCUAACU